GGCGGCGGAGGAGGAGGAGGAGGCGGAGGCGGUGGUAGAAAAGGAGGAGCUGGCCGCUGGGAUGACGAUGAUGAUUUCAGCCUUGAUUUUGGACCCUCUCGGCCUAGCAGACCUAACAAAGGACGGGGCAGUGGUGGAGGUGGCCGUGGUGCUGGCAGGGAUGGCGGUCGAGGACGGGGAGGCAGGGAUCGAGACAGAGACGGCAGAGGCGGUGGGAAUAGCAGCGGCAAGGCUCUGCCAAGAUCCCUGGCGAGACCCAGAACAUGCCUGAAGCCAGGUGACGGCAUCAGACCAGAGGUGAGCACCAUGCCCUUGCAGAGGAUUUUCAUGACUAAUGAGAACCAAGAACAACUCAAGGAGUUGCUGCGGGAACUACAGAACCAGGACUUUGAUGAACCCUAUGAUGAAUCUGGCUCAGAUUAUUCGAGGGGAGAGGAGGAGGAAUUUGAUGAGUUGGACCAUCGUGACGAAGGCCAGUUUUGGGCCACUAAAGACGAUCCUGUGGAGAGAGCAGAGAGCCCAGAAUAUGACCCAGAGUCUGACGAUGAACGUCCUGCCCCUGAACCUGUUAUCUCCUUAUUUGCCAUAGGCAAACUCUGCAGGUAUGGCUUUGACAGGGUGCGCAGCAAGCAGGCACUGGAGGUUAGUGGAGGAGACUUUGGGGCAACACUGGAACAGCUCCUCCUCCAGGUUUUCACUGAGCACUACGGCCAGAAAGCAGUUUCCCCUGAUGGUCUUGAGGGGGUGCCUAUGGAUGAGUGCUUGAGCCAGAGGCAGGAGGAAGCUCUGGCGCUAGCUGCCAUUUACGGUGAACGGUUCAAUGAGCGCAUCGCUAACACAGUCUGGACAGUAACCCUGGACCUCUUAUUCCUCACGGGUGUGAACAAGAACGGCAGUGAAGUCGGAGAUCGAUAUGGCGAAAAAUCUGUUAACAUCCGUGAUGUCUGUCGAUUCUACCUGAAAGGGCAAGGCUGCCGGUUUGGGAACAAAUGCAAGUUCAAACACCAAAUGCCCACCAAAGGGAGGUCUGGGGCUGGUUCCCCAGACCUGAUGGGCCCCAGCCAGCCUGGGAUCAGCAGCUAUUCUCCUCCUGAGUAUGAACUAGAGAUUCGAUUCCCCAAAGGAAACCGUUACCCAUUUCAGGCACCGAUAGUAGCCUUCAGCACCAAUGAUGAGUCCAUGGGAGCUGCAGGGAGGCUCAGCGUGACCGAGAGAUUGUUUGGAGAGGCAUUGGCCGCAGCAAAGAGCAGCGAACCUGUUGUUUACACUCUCAUCACCUUGUGUGAGGAUGAAUCUACCAUGAGGGAACUGUUGGCUGUUAGUCAUCACAAAUACAGCACGCCGCCACCUGUUGUGGCAGCUCCUCCACCCUCUCUUGCCAUAGCAAAGAGUAAGAGUGUGAAGAGCAAUGCUUCUGAGGAAAGCAGGAGUAGCAGUACCAGCAGUAGUAAUUACACCAACAGCAGGAGGUCUGCUCCAUCUUACAGCCAGAGACACUUAGAUUAUAAAGAGACAGAAGAGGCAGAGGAGCUGGAUGAGAGGGAUGAGGAGGAGGAUGACAAUGCCGUUCCAGUGGAGAGCGAGAGUUACGUCAAUCUGAGGAAGAGGAUGGUGAACAAGCACAACCUGAAAAUAGACAACCUACUGCAAGAAAACGGCAAGCUGUGUCGAGAGUUUCGGAGGAAACAGUCGUCCAGGCGCUUCAGGUCCAUGCUGGAGCAGAGGAGGAAGCUGCCAGCUUGGCAAGAACAAGACAACAUUCUAGACAUGUUGGACCAGUGCCAGGUGCUGGUAGUCAGCGGGAUGACUGGGUGUGGUAAGACAACCCAAAUCCCACAGUUCAUUCUGGAUGCCUCUUUAAAUGGUCCAGCGGAGCAGGUAGCCAACAUCAUCUGCACCCAGCCACGCCGCAUCUCUGCCAUCUCUGUGGCUGAGAGGGUGGCACAGGAGCGUGCAGAGCGUCUGGGUAACUCAGUGGGUUACCAGAUCCGCCUGGAGAGUGUCAGGACGUCCGCCACCAGACUGCUGUACUGCACCACCGGUGUGUUACUGAGGAGACUGGAGGGCGAGGCAGACCUCAAAGGCACCACACACGUCAUCGUGGAUGAGGUGCACGAGCGCACAGAGGAGAGUGACUUCCUGCUGUUGGUUCUCAAAGACCUGAUUAUACAGAGGCCAGACAUGAAGAUUAUUCUAAUGAGUGCCACACUCAAUGCCAACCUCUUCUCUGAAUAUUUCUACAACUGUCCCACUAUCCACAUACCAGGGCGUACAUUUCCCGUUGACCAGUUUUUCCUAGAAGAUGCCAUCACCAAAACCAACUAUGUGAUUGAGGAUGGCAGCCCUUACAUGCGCUCAGGGAAGCAGAACUCAUCCUCCACAAGUGGGCGAGGAAGCAAAGGAGGGUCAAGGGACUUGGUGGACGACUUGGGAGACGACAUGUGGAACUUCAUGUCUUUCUGUAAAAAGGACUUUGUCAAAGACUCUGUUCCCGACCAGCAGCUCAGCUUCCAGGAGCUCACAGUUAGAUACAAAGAUACUAAGAAGUCUGUGCUGAAGACCAUUGCUGCGAUGGAUUUGGACAAGAUCAACAUGGAUCUGGUGGAGAGUGUGCUGGAGUGGAUCGUAGAUGGGAAGCACAACUACCCCACAGGUGCAGUGCUGGUGUUUUUGCCAGGCCUCGCUGAAAUCAAGAUGCUCUAUGAGCAGCUGCAAUCCAACAGAAUGUUCAACAACAGGGGUGCAACCAGGUGUGUUGUGUAUCCACUCCACUCAACCUUGUCCAACGAGGAGCAGCAGGCAGUUUUCAGCCGGCCUCCAGAGGGUGUCACCAAGAUCAUCAUCUCCACCAACAUCGCUGAGACCUCGGUAACCAUUGACGACGUGGUAUAUGUCAUCGACUCUGGCAAGAUGAAAGAGAAAAGGUACGAUGCAUCUAAAAGCAUGGAGAGCCUGGAGGACUCGUGGGUCUCUCGGGCCAACGCGCUGCAGAGGAAGGGCCGAGCGGGUCGCGUGGCCUCGGGGGUCUGCUUCCACCUCUUCACCAGCCACUGCUUCCAACACCAGCUGCCCGAGCAACAGCUGCCUGAGAUCCAGAGAGUGCCUCUCGAGCAGCUCUGCCUCCGAAUAAAGAUCCUGGACGUGUUUGCAGAGCAGAUGCUCGAGUCCGUCUUCUCUCGCCUCAUCGAGCCCCCAGCUAUGGGAAGCUUAGACGCAGCCAAGCAGCGCCUGCAGGACCUGGGAGCUCUGACUGCAGAUGAGAGGUUGACCCCGCUGGGCUACCACCUGGCCUGCUUGCCCGUGGACGUACGCAUUGGAAAACUCAUGCUGUUCGGCGCCAUCUUCCGCUGCCUCGACCCAGCGCUCACCAUUGCGGCCAGUCUGGCCUUCAAAUCACCAUUUGUAUCUCCAUGGGAUAAGCGUGAGGAAGCCAAUGAGAAGAAACUGGCCUUUGCCGUGGCCAGUAGUGACCAUCUAGCUUUGUUACAGGCAUACAAGGGAUGGUGCUGUGCUGCGAAGAAUGGCCACCAGGCCGGCUUCCUUUACUGCAGGGAGAACUUUCUGUCUUGGAGAGGCUUGCAGGAGAUCGCCAGUCUGAAGAGGCAGUUUGCUGAGCUGUUGUCUGACAUUGGCUUCAUCAAAGAAGGACUGAGGGCCAGGAUUAUAGAACGUAUGUGCUCUAAAGGCACUGAUGGUGUUCUGGAGGCAACUGGUCCUGAGGCGAAUCUGAAUUCAGACAACAUCCGGCUGAUGUCUGCCAUGCUGUGUGCUGCCCUCUACCCCAAUGUGGUCCAAGUGCGAGCUCCUCAGGGGAAUUACAAGAUGACCAGCAAAGGAGCGAUGAAGAUGCAACCCAAAGCCAACGAGCUCCGCUUCAUGACCAAGAACGACGGCUGCGUGCAUGUGCACCCUUCUUCCGUCAACUACACGGUUCGCCACUACAACAGCCCCUACCUGGUUUACCACGAGAAGGUGAAGACGAGCCGUGUCUUCAUCAGAGACUGCAGCAUGGUGUCUGUUUACCCGCUGGUGCUGUUUGGAGGCGGUCAGGUCAAUGUGGAGCUGCACAAGGGAGAGUUUGUCAUCUCUCUUGAUGAUGGAUGGAUCCGCUUUGCUGCUGCUUCUCAUCAGGUGGCUGAGCUGGUGAAGGAGCUGCGCUGGGAACUGGACCAGCUGCUGGAGGAUAAAAUCAGGAACCCGAGCAUGGACCUGUGCAGCUGCCCCCGCGGCUCCCGCAUCAUCCACAUGAUAGUCCACCUCAUCUCUACGCAGUAGCUCUGCUACUUUAUUCCCCUUUAAACCCUUUUUUGUCACCCUCAAGGGCUUAAAUGCAUGGAGCUCUGCAGUAUAGAUGUCUUUCUGCUCCUGCAUCACUGCCACAUAGUGAUUUACUCCAUUGAUCCCACCGAGGGAUCCUCACAAGGAGGAAAGUCAGAGUAAAUAACCCUGAAACUGGUUGAAAUUUGUAUUGUGUUUCUCCAACACAUAUCAGCAGGCCAAAUACUGUACUUGAAGUGCAGUCCUCUGGUUGAAGGACAGUCACCACACCACCCUGCUGUCAUUGUGUUGCUGCACUAGGGGCUUUUUAAAUCAAAGUAUGCCUUGGGGAAAAAAAAAAAAAUCGCUCUAUGCAGGUGAUCCAUAAACCUCCAGCGCUGUUACUGCUGAAAUCAAGUCUUAUUUUGCUAUUGAUGAAAUGCAACAAUAGAAAAGUUCUUGUUUUUUGAUGCCAUACUACUACUGUAUGUGCAGUAAAUUGGCACAGAAUUGAUUGUGAAAUUAUGUCAGAUAAGAUGUCAGAUGAAUUGUGCACAGUGCAUUUUUAUUUUGAGUUGUGUGUCUUUCUCACAACUGAGAAGUUUCUUGGAUCCAUAUUGGAUUUCUUACACUCAUAGUGACUGCAUACUUAUUAUGGUUAUGAAUAUUUAUUUGUAGUGCAUGAUUGAGAGAUCCAAGAGCUUCUGCAUGGUAUUCGGUUGUUUUACAUUUACUGAAUGUAUUUCAAUGUUACAGUGAUGUCAAAACUACACUUUCACAAUGUGAAUGCAAGGGCUUUUUAAAUCAGGAGAACUUGAUGUGAGUUGCCAAAGAGUUUGAAAGCUGUUGUCUUAACAAGUGAUGAAUCCCACUGCACAAAAAAUAAAAAAAGUGAAGACGGCUA